AUGAGAGCUUAUGCAGACAACAAGGUUGGCACGGUUGUUAACCCGGCAAUCGGAACUAGCUUUGACACGGUUGAAGAAGCGUAUGAGUUUUACAACCUAUAUUCCUGGGAGACAGGGUUUGGCGUUCGGUAUGCCAAAAGCAGGUUGAACGUCCAUCGGAAAAAGUGCAUGCAGGAGUUUGUAUGCGCGUGUGCGGUAUGA